UUUAAUUUCCAUUGUUUUUACACAAGUCUGCUAGUGCAUCGUCGCUGGCCUUUCCCGUUUUUUUUUGUUUUCGUUUUACCGUUUUCUCUUGACGGUGUUGUUUUUUUGUUACGCCUUUGACGUAUCGAACAGAUCUCAAAGGGGUUUUCAAAGUUUAAUUUAUUAUCAACUUGUGAAUGUCACUUUUUAACUAAAGGUGUGCCAAUUUGUUAAUAUUCGCAAUUCGGUUGUUCGUGAAAGUGAAAAUCGAGUUACCUAACCCUUUGGUGGUUUUUUGUAAUUAAUGUUUUUUGAACUAUCACAAUUUGUGAAGAUGACCUAAAGGAUUAACACCAAUCCCUUAAGGUUUUUUCAAAUCUUUGUUUGAAGACCUGAAAGGACCAAUCAUAUUAUUACGGAUGAAACCCGAAACUUUCUGCUCGAAUAGCGCUCCACCGUCCAUAGAAGAUGUCCCACCCCAUCACAACCCUAAAAGGCUUCUGGCCAGCUGAUCUACGGUAAUCAUAGCCCGGCAUCACUUGACGAGGCCGGGCAACAAAGCCAUGUCAGCGGAGAUGCGUUCUCCAAACGUCUCUGUUACCCCCAUCAACAUGGAGUACAUGUCCCCCAACCAGCUGAUGAAUGGGGGGCAAGAAUUAGUGGCCGCAACGAGUACUGUAAUAAGUACUGUUGGUGGCGUCGUGAAAUCCGGGGAAGUGACCGAACCACCACGAACCAGGAGUGCACCCCACCCUGGUGUCGUCCACCCUGGUGUCGUUCUAGCCAAUGGGGUGGCUGAUAUUGAUGGGCCCGAUGCCGAAUUAGCUAGGAUAGAAUUGCAGUCUGUAAAUAUGAGGAGCAAAACGAAUAAGCAAGAGGAAUUGCCCAGGCCGAUGAGUUGGGAGGGGGAAUUGAGCGAUGGAGAAAGGGAGGGAAUGUGUAUAGACGAGAGUAGUGAGCCUCCACAUCUUCCAGAAAACCUAUCGGUUUCAGCCUCUAAACAGGGCGUGAAUUUUGACUUAAAAGACAGUCCCGUUUUGAGGCUGAAACAGCCCCCAGCUGGCAGUUAUUCAUUGCACAGCACUCCAUCGAAUUCACCAUUAUUGAAUCAACGACAUCCAGGUACUGGAGUGCCAAUUAUUAGCCAUAAGGAUUUUAUGCAGAAAGCUUUAAAUGUACCACCAACCCCAAGUCCAGACUCGGCCGUCCAUUCAGCUUACUCAGUGUUCAGUUCUCCUAAUCAGAGUCCACUCACUCAGCGUCAUGUAACUUUGACUCCCAACUUGAGCAGGAACAAUUCGGAUGCGUCACAUUCGAGCUGUUGCAGUUAUUCGAGUGUUUCCGUGUCAGUUUCGCCUACUCAACAGUUCUCACCCACUCAUAGUCCAAUACAGGGUCGCCAUAUACAAACGUCGCUACACAGUAGUCCAUUACAUCACGGCAUCCUCUAUCGCAGUCUUCCUGAAGAUACGCCGUCCAUCCAGUCGCACUACGAACCAAAGUACGAACACGAUCCAGGUGGUGGUGUUGAUGAAAAUGAUGAUAAAUCAGGGUUAUUGCAUACCGCCUUGCCUGCUCAACCAGGGAUAUCCAGGCAGCAGUUGAUAAAUAGUCCGUGUCCAAUAUGUGGUGAUAAGAUUUCCGGAUUUCAUUAUGGCAUAUUCAGCUGUGAAUCAUGUAAGGGCUUCUUCAAGAGAACUGUACAAAAUAGAAAAAACUAUGUCUGUCUGAGAGGAGCCCAGUGCCCGGUAACAGUAGCGACUCGGAAAAAGUGCCCAGCAUGCCGAUUCGACAAGUGCUUGCAAUGUGGCAUGAAACUGGAAGCAAUACGAGAAGACAGAACAAGGGGUGGCCGAUCGACCUACCAGUGCUCGUACUCUUUGCCGCCUUCGCUGGCCUCACAAACCGAACUGCGAGCUAGCACAACCGAUUUACGGCAGGGCAUUGGUGAGCACCAUCCAGGUUUUACGAUAAAAUUGGAACCACACGACGGUAGUCAGUCACACCAUAAGCGAGGAACCCUGCCGGGAUCGAAAGGUGUCCCACCGUUAUUGCAAGAAAUAAUGGAUGUGGAGCACCUGUGGCACUACAACGAAAUGGAGCUUAAUAAGCUGAACACCGAAGGUCAUCUUGGUAAAGAAGGAGCCACUGGAGCGGUUCACAACCUGUCCAACCAUCCACUUCUGGCUGGAACCGCACUGGCCGGAUCGACUGACACCAAUCCAGACUUCGUAGCCAAUUUGUGCAAUAUUGCUGAUCAUAGAUUAUAUAAGAUUGUUAAGUGGUGCAAAAGUCUUCCAUUAUUUAAAAAUAUUUCGAUUGAUGAUCAAAUAUGCCUUCUCAUUAAUUCAUGGUGUGAGUUGUUACUAUUCUCAUGUUGUUUCCGGUCAAUGUCCACUCCAGGUGAAAUCAGGGUGUCUUUGGGAAAGAGUAUCACUUUGGCACAAGCCAGAGACUUGGGCAUGCAGGCUUGUAUUGAGAGAAUGUUGAAUUUUACUGAGCAGCUCAGAAGACUGAAAGUUGACCAGUACGAAUAUAUAGCGAUGAAAGUGAUCGUGCUAUUAACUUCAGACACUUCCGAACUCCGAGAAGCCGAAAAAGUGCGUGUUUCGCAAGAAAAAGCUCUAAAAGCACUCCAAGAUUACACCUUGUCGCACUACCCGGAAAGUCCAUCAAAAUUCGGAGAGUUACUAUUGCGAAUACCUGAAUUGCAGCGCACGUGCCAAGUGGGCAAAGAAAUGCUAACAAUAAAAAAGGAGGGCGAAGGUCCCAGUUUUAAUCUCCUAAUGGAACUCCUGAGAGGAGACCACUGAAACAUUACAGACUUCAUUGUGCCUUAGGGUCAAGAAUUUGGGCAACAGUUAGGGCUAUUCGGUUCAGCCAGAUCAAAUUCGUUCUCAAGAUAUUAUCCAGCUUUCGUUGUAGAACGAUCGGUGUGAUUCAGAGGUAAACGGUAAGCGUUCUAGCUAUUGAAAAGUUCCUAUCAUUAUUUGCAGUAGGGAUUUUUUUAUUUUUUUAUUGUUUUAACAAUAGUAUAGAAAACGUUUGACUCUCCAUUAUCCACCAACUCCAUCAAAAUUGGCAUUCCAAAAUGCACAUACCUGUACUAUACGUUACAUUAGGGUACAUUGCGGACUUUUUGGUUUCGCAGAGAAGCAAUAUGAUUAAUCUAACUGUUGCCAUAGUUGCCCAUUCUAAGCUUACGGUGGCGGGCUCAUACUUAAACAGACAGUAUUUCGCUUAAUUUUUAUUUUAUUUCCUAGGUUAAGGCAGAUUUUACGUACUUAUGCCGGUUAGCGCCUAUUCACUUGUCAUCUACUUUCAUAUACGUUAAGCUGCUGAUCGCAAUCAUUUAAAAUGUGUUUUAUUGACUUAAAAAAAUAUUUUAGUUUAUUGGAAACUCCAAAUUUCUUUGUGUGGCAGUGCAAGUUAAGGUGUUCCCUCGUGAACCGMUUCGAUCUUUAUGUGACAMACUGUAAUUAAAGCUAUUUUGAAAAUAGGGUAUACAGUUCGCAUUGUACAUAUAUGAUUUCAGGUUUCAAUUCURCCUAAGAUUAGAAUUUUAUAUCACUUGYAGACACUAGAAUAAUAAUAAUUUUUAUAUMAAACGUCAGUAAUGCAUGUGCUAAAAUGUAAUUUUUAUGAGGUGCUUAGGUUCAUAGGCUGCAAAUAAUGAUAAUAAAAACUGCCAUUCAGAAACCAAUACAUACAUUUAGAUUCUCAAACUAGUGGAAUUAUGUUUGAUAAAACAAUUAUCUUAAAAUUGUAAUUUAGAAGUUAACAAUUUAGAUUUUAAACUAAUUAAGCAAUUUAUUUCACUUAAACUAUUUUUUGUACUUGAUUUAACAUUUACAGUAAAAACGCGUAGACGACUGACAGAUAAUCAAGUUUCCUUUCAGUUUCACUUCUAUUCGCUGAUAUUGAUAGUUGUCAAAAGUAUAUUAAAACRUAYUSUUGAACACAUAAGCACUCAACAAAAAAUMCGACUGAAUUGAAUAAUAAAUKUUGCUUACACGAUAAAAUACUUAUUAUUCUAGUGACUAAUSGGGUUUUUAGGCCGUCGUUGGGUACCUAAAUUCAAAAAAUUUAAAAUAUUUAGAGAUAUAUUCUUUAUUUGCCGCCAAUGAUUUYAKUACUMUGUUCAUUUUUCCAAAUUUCUUGUAGUUAUACUUUUUAAUAUCUGGAUCGAAGCGAUUGCGAUAGCGAGACAUCUUGACUCAUUUUACAAAUCUUGGACGCUUUUUGUGUUUCUUAAUUUUUUUAUAAGGAGGCACUGGUCAAUAAAUCUGACCUUUCUGUGGCGUCGGAAGGUUCCCAAUUAAUUUAAAAAAUAUAUAUUUGCGCUUACGUUCAGAUAAAUAUCUGAAAUAAUAUGAAACUUACCCCAAUAGAGUUUAUGGUUGUUCUUGGAUCAUUAGCGCAUAUUGGUAUGGCCUUAAGCCGCCAUAUUCUCUAAAAGUCUGAAUUACAUAGAAGUAUGUAAUUAUACGGUGGUAGUAAGCAUGCUCUUUUCUGAUGCUUUAAGGUUGUAUGAGACCAUUGAUAAAUCAGUAUCUACCCUAACCAUUCCCAGUGUGUUCAUGCACAAUAUUAUUUGUAUAUUUUGAAAUUUCCGCAUAUAAUUGGAUACUUACUUACUGGCCAUAGAUGACGAAAUAAGCGUACUUGAUUUAUAGAUGGGAACAAUUAAUCUUUCGACGUUUUUUAUUCAAGCGAUUGAUGAUGUAAAUAUAUUUUUAAGUUUUUAUUUUCAUAUUCUUGAUUCUACAUUUAUCGGGCUAUAUUUAUAUUUGUUAUAUAAUGAUUAUGUCAUCUUGUCCAUUUGUUGAUUUCAAAGGAUGUGCAGUGACUUAAGAAGGAAUCACCAUGAUUUUGUAGUCGAAUCGCUUUAGUGUGUAUCUUGAAUUGACUUCCCAUAAGUAAUUGGGCAAAUAGUUUAUUUGCUCUGUGUCAUUUGGAUAAGCACAACUUUAGUCCGUUUAUACCUCAAUCAUUUUCAACGCCGAUAUACAGGGUUUACUUAGUAAGUGUUCAGGAAUACGACCCAAAGUUGUGCUAUUCCAAAUCAAAUUCCAUUCGUAAAUAGGAAAAUAUAAUUUUGCGGGCAUUAAAUGCCUAUACCACAAAAAUACGGGAUGGUUCAAGAAUUAGUAUUAUUUACAAAAAAUGUUAAUAUCAGUGACUGUUUUCAAUUAAACAAGUCUCAUCCGAGUAUUGGGGUUAGCCGGUCCGAAGUCCUGAUUUAACCCAAUAGAUUUUUGCGUUUGGUCGCGUUAAAAAAGUCAUACGAUUAUUAAUGCUGUCAAAUCGUUCCGAAACCAGCCUUAUUGCAAUAUUAUAAGUCCAUGCUGACUUUGCUGCUUAAUCUCGUAAAAGGCGGUUCAUUUGUCCGAAGCAUCGACCAAAAGUAAUUUUUCUGUAUAAAUUCAAUUGGAGAAGAGAUCUACCGGUUUUUUUAAAUCUCAUGACAUGAUACAAAUGUUUUCGGCUCCUUUCAAAAUAUAAAAAAACCUUACUUAAAAAUGUAACUUUGUAUUUCGCGAUACAGGAUGUCAACUUCUGGACGGGGAAUUAAAUAAUUUUGUUUUUAGAGCUAAAUACAUUUCUUUUGAUACCUCUCCUGAACUAUCCUGUAUUUUCUAAUCGCAAAUUUUCCCGGGGCUAGUUGAAUAUUGAAUGUAGGUUGUACUGUUUCUUUUCAUUCUCAAGGUGAUUAAAAUGAUUUUUGUAUAAAAUUUUAGCAGUCCAUCCUACAGUAGUUCUGCAAAAAACGUUCAUUCCAAUAUAUUGAAAAGGGAAGAUUUUUUUGUCAUUGAUCGGACAUUUUAAAUUACUUUUGCCAUAUCGCUAACCAAUGAAUUGUCAUGGCAAAAGAAUCUUCUCCUAUAGAUGUUGAUUUAUGAAUACAGUAGUGAAACUACAAGAAAAUAAGUUGAAAGACUAUUGUUAUAGAUAGUCUUGUGAAAGUUAUUUAUUAACACUUUAUGUUGAAAAAAGUAGUGUUUUUAUCCGUUGUGAAAAAUCGUUUUCGUUUGUUAUUCAUAUAUUUACGCUUCUUAAUCUACGUACAAAAACAACAGACUUUGAUUUUACAGCUAGCCUGUAUCCGUGUUUCUAAUCCCAGGUAGAAUAACAUGCGACGAUUAGGUCGGUAAAGUUGUUUUUGUAUGUGUUUAAGGGUACGUCGAAAUCAAAAUUAAUAUAUUUAGGUGUUAGAAAAAAAUGUUAAAAAGUAUUAUCGGAAUUAACGAUGUUUUAUUUAUAUCACCAAUGAUACAUUUAUGUAAUAUCGAUCCGUAUUUUUAUGUUCUUAAUUUUAAUGUAAUACAAAACAUAAGACUUAUAGGGUGGCCUUUAUGCGGCCGUAUUUUUGUACGGCCCUAAACCCUAAAUAGAAUUUUUGUACUCACUUUUUAAAAGCAAAUUUAUACAGAAGAAACUUUUGUAUUGAAAUAUAUAAUAUACUUCAAACUUU